AUGUCUUCCAACUCUAGCAGCUCCCAAGACUCUCACUACUCAUGCUCUAACCUGGACGACGACGACUCUUCCCGAAGAGUGAAUGCCCAAAAAGCAAGAGACCAAGUACAACGCGCACCUACCAUGAGAAACAAGGGAGAUUCCAGAUACCCUGAGCAUCACAACAACUACGAGGGGCACGAUUUUAAGCUGCAAGGCCCUCUCACCUCCUUUCCUGUCAACGACGAGGCCUGGCAACCUAGGAGUCAACCUCCUGCCACCCGAGCAAUUUAUAACGAGAAUGAUAAGGAUAAUAUCGAGGUUGUGUACCAUGACAAAAGUCAGGGGAGUACGGGUAACUUCUCUGCAUUCUCCCUGGCCAUAUACAGGGAGAGGAAGUCUCGGGACCAUGACUCGAAAGAUCAUUCAGAAUAG